CCAAAACAACAAAUUUAUCAAUCAAAAUGAAGCACAUUGCUGCCUACCUUCUUUUGCAAUUGGGUGGUAAGGAAUCCCCUUCCGCCGCUGACAUCAAGACUUUGUUGGACUCCGUUAGCAUCAGCGCUGAUGAUGAACGCCUCGACAAACUCAUCUCUGAAUUGGAAGGCAAGAACAUCAACGACUUGAUCACUGAAGGUUCCGAAAAACUUGCUUCCGUCCCAUCCGGUGGUGGUGCUGCAGCUCCUGCUGCCGCUGCCGCUGCUGGUGGUGCCGCCCCUGCUGCCGAAGAGAAGAAGGAGGAGAAGAAGGAAGAAGAGAAGGAAGAAUCCGACGAUGACAUGGGUUUCGGUCUUUUCGACUAAACGUAUUAUCGAAUUGCACUUUGACACUCUACGAUAUUUACCGACAAAGACCAUUAAAUUUGUCGAGCAUUCGUUCAAAAAUGCAUUCGGUUCAAAAUCAUCUUUUGCUUUCUCAACAUGUACUUCAACUCAUAUGCUGUUAUAGUAGUAUGCUUCUCACCUCGG